AGGUGCACAUCUGGCCGCCGCAGCUGGUUCCGGGGCUGGUUGGAUGGUGCAGGCUGAGCUGCGACGUGGGCUGGCCUCUGUUCGGGCUUUCCCUCCCUACCAGCGGCUGAGCCGCGGGUCCUCACAGGCAGCGGGACAAGCGGGCCGAAGGGUGGGGACCAGGGCGGAGCGAGGCGUUAGUGGAGGGUUCGGGGGCCGCUCUCCCCAGCUCUGAGCUGAGCCCCAGCCCGAGCCGCGGCCGGCCCGCCGCUAUGUCCACCAAGGGCAAAAAGUGGAAGGAACCCGCGAGCGGGAGAGUGACCUUCCCGGCUCAGGAGGACGAGGAGCAACAGCUGCAGCAGCAGCAGCGCGGCGGCCGCUGGGGCUGGAGGGGAGUCAAUGGUGGGCUGGAGCCGCCGCCCCGGUCCGGCUACUGGGAGAACCCGGCCGAGUCCCUAGGCGGAGAGUUGCCUCGCUCCCCGCUGGGCAGCAGCCUGUCUGUGGAACGAAGCCCAUGCAUGACCAAGAGGCUGGCCAUGAGGGAGAAGGGCCGGCGUCAGGCAGUGCGCGGCCCGGCGUUUAUGUUUAACGCCCGCGGGCCGAGCCUCACCGCGGAAGAGGAGCGCUUCCUGGACGCCGCCGAGUACGGGAACAUCCCGGUCGUGCGCAAGAUGCUCGACGAGUCGGAGACCUUGAACGUGAACUGCGUGGACUACAUGGGCCAGAACGCCCUUCAGCUGGCCGUGGGCAACGAGCACCUGGAGGUGACGGAGCUGCUGCUCAAGAAGGACAACCUGAGCCGCAUCGGCGACGCGCUGCUGCUGGCCAUCAGCAAGGGCUACGUGCGCAUCGUCGAGGCUCUGCUGAGCCACCCGGGAUUCGCGGCCGGCCGUCGCCUGACGCUGAGCCCGGGGGAGCAGGAGCUGCGGGACGACGACUUCUACGCGUACGACGAGGACGGUACGCGCUUCUCCCCGGACAUCACUCCUGUCAUCCUGGCCGCGCACUGCCAGAAGUACGAGGUGGUGCACAUGCUGCUGACCAAGGGCGCGCGCAUCGAGCGGCCGCACGACUACUUCUGCAAGUGCCCGGACUGCUCCGACAAGCAGAGGCGCGACUCCUUCAGCCACUCGCGCUCGCGCAUUAACGCCUACCGCGGCCUGGCCAGCCCGGCCUACCUGUCCCUGGCCAGCGAGGACCCCGUGCUCACGGCGCUGGAGCUCAGUAAUGAGCUCGCCAAGUUGGCCAACAUCGAGAAGGAGUUCAAGAAUGAUUAUCGGAAGCUCUCCAUGCAAUGCAAAGACUUCGUGGUGGGUGUACUAGACCUUUGCCGAGACUCUGAAGAGGUUGAGGCCAUCCUCAAUGGAGAUGUGGAUUCGAUGGAGGCAGUAGUUGGGCAGCGCCAUAGAGCAUCCCUGAGUCGUGUAAAGCUCGCCAUCAAGUAUGAAGUAAAAAAGUUUGUGGCUCAUCCCAACUGUCAGCAGCAGCUUUUGACUAUCUGGUACGAGAACCUCUCAGGAUUACGGGAACAGGCCAUCGCUAUCAAGUGUUUGGUGGUAUUGGUUGUGGCCUUGGGACUGCCAUUCCUGGCCAUUGGCUACUGGAUUGCCCCAUGUAGCAGGCUUGGAAAAAUCCUCCGAAGCCCAUUCAUGAAAUUUGUGGCCCAUGCUGCUUCCUUCAUUAUUUUCCUGUGCCUGCUGGUAUUUAAUGCCUCGGACAGAUUUGAGGGCAUUACAACGCUCCCAAACAUCACGGUCAUCGACUACCCAAAGCAAAUCUUCAGGGUGAAAACAACCCAGUUCACCUGGACUGAGAUGUUAAUCAUGGUCUGGGUUCUUGGGAUGAUGUGGUCGGAAUGUAAGGAGCUCUGGCUCGAGGGGCCGAGGGAAUACAUUUUACAGCUGUGGAAUGUGCUCGAUUUUGGGAUGCUUUCCAUCUUCAUCGCAGCCUUCACAGCCCGAUUUCUAGCCUUUCUUCAGGCCACCAAAGCACAGCAGUAUGUGGACAGUUAUAUUGAAGAAAGUGAUCUCAGUGAAGUCACUCUGCCUCCAGAGAUACAGUAUUUCACUUAUGCUAGAGAUAAAUGGCUCCCCUCUGAUCCUCAGAUCAUAUCAGAAGGCCUCUAUGCAAUAGCUGUUGUGCUCAGCUUCUCCCGGAUUGCCUACAUCCUGCCAGCCAAUGAAAGCUUCGGCCCCUUGCAGAUUUCUCUCGGCAGGACUGUGAAGGACAUCUUCAAGUUCAUGGUCCUCUUCAUUAUGGUGUUCCUGGCAUUUAUGAUUGGGAUGUUCAUAUUGUAUUCCUACUACCUGGGGGCCAAAGUCAACCCUGCUUUUACCACUGUGGAAGAAAGCUUCAAGACUUUGUUUUGGUCCAUAUUUGGAUUGUCUGAAGUGACAUCCGUGGUGCUCAAGUAUGACCACAAAUUCAUUGAAAAUAUCGGUUAUGUUCUCUAUGGAAUAUACAACGUCACUAUGGUUGUAGUCCUUUUGAACAUGCUGAUUGCAAUGAUUAAUAGCUCUUACCAGGAAAUUGAGGAUGACAGUGAUGUUGAAUGGAAGUUCGCUCGCUCAAAACUUUGGUUAUCGUACUUUGAUGAUGGAAAAACAUUACCCCCACCCUUCAGUCUGGUACCCAGUCCCAAAUCCUUUAUUUAUCUCAUCAUGCGGAUUGUUAAUUUUUCCAAGUGCAGGAGGAGAAGACUGCAGAAGGAUAUAGAAAUGGGAAUGGGUAACUCCAAAUCCAGGUUAAACCUCUUCACUCAGUCUAACUCCAGAGUUUUUGAAUCACACAGUUUUAACAGCAUUCUCAAUCAGCCAACACGCUAUCAGCAAAUAAUGAAAAGGCUCAUAAAGCGUUAUGUUCUGAAAGCCCAGGUAGACAAGGAGAAUGAUGAAGUCAAUGAAGGUGAACUGAAAGAAAUAAAACAAGACAUUUCAAGUCUGCGCUAUGAACUUUUGGAAGACAAGUCCCAAGCAACUGAAGAGUUAGCAGUUCUGAUCCAUAAACUCACAGAGAAACUAAAUCCCAGCAUGCUGAGAUGUGAAUGACUCAAGAGCCUGGGAAUCUGUUGUUGACUAUAGCACAAACACAGGCAAUAAUAUUUCUAACAGAUAUUUGGUGGGGGGAAGACUAUGUCAAUUUUUCAUAUAAAUUGCCUUUAUUAUGUAAAUCUUUCCUUGAAAGCUAAGACUUUGAGACCUGACUAGUUCAAUCCAUCAACAAAAUAAUUUUAUUUUAAUUGUCUGUGCUGUUUUUACCUUUUUAAAAAAAAUAAGAGAAUUUUACAAAAAAAGUCUAGUUAUAGAGGGCUAAUCAGAGAUCAUCUGGAUGAAGGUAGAGGGAGGUAAGCCGAGGUUUGACAUUUAGGUUGGAUCUCCCUUAAGAAGAUGUAGACUUGUCUAUUGUGUGAUGUUGUAGAAAGAAUAUUUAGAUAUAUUUUGAAUCACAGGACCUCGGGUUGAAUACUGUUUCAUCCAUUUACUAUAGUUGUGACUUUAGGCCAUUCACUUUCCCUCUCUCAGUUUCUUCAUCUGUAAAAUGGGGGAGUCAGAAGAGAUGACCUCCAAGAUCCUUUCCAGUUGAAAAAAACCUGUGGUGAUCAGUUAGAUCAUGAUGAUUUUAUUGAGAAGACUGAAGACAUCUCCAGGGCUUAAGUACUUGCAAGUUAUUGAGGUCCUUUGAUUAAGAGUGAUUAAAUUUUUUGGGUACAAUUAGAUUGAUUCAGGCUAUGAAUUUGAGCUACCUCUCUGUAUUAGUAGGCACAAAAGGACCACUUAGUCUGAGUGUAGGUCUUCAGAGGGAUCCAGAGAUAGUUAAAUCAGAAAGGUCAGAGCAGAUUAAUAAUUCUGAGUAGGAGUGGGAGUGCAGGGUCACAACUUCAAAGACUCCCCAGGAACCAAUCCUCCUUCCUCACAAUCACAGGGAUGGCAUCUAUAGAGUAGCAUCCAACCUCAGAAGACCUCCUCUGUCCUAUCAUGGAGGUGUUAAUGGACAUUUUCACAAUCAUAUGGAAAUCCAAAAUCUUGAACCAAGGCUCAUCUCCUUAUAAAUUUAUCAAGUUGAUCAGCUUCUCCUAAUCAACUCUCUAUAAUACGUUAAACUAUCAUGGAUCGAUCAUUUUCUUUUAUUUACAACUGACCCUUUAUCAUUUACACUAAUUGAUUGGCCAGAAAAAGAAAUUGCCCAAACCACAUCUUCCCUUGCAGCAAGUAGUCCAAAAAGAUUUCUUUGGAGAACUGUUGAAAAAUAUAAACAUCUGUGUGUGUGUCUGAACACACACACAUAUGCACACACAUUUGAAUA